AUGCGACUCCCUACAAGCGCAUCCCGUACGAUCCGACAACUAUCAACCUCCUCCAGACCCCCAACAUCCGGCCUCAAGAUCAAUCCUGACCGGCUAUGGGAGACAAUACACGAGACAUGUAAAUGGGGGGCUGCCAAUCCAUAUGGCAAAAACCCCCGCGAAACAGGAAUGGCCCGUCUCUGCCUAACAGACGACGACGCACGCGUCCGACAAUGGUUCGCGACAGAAGUCGAAAAACUCGGCUGCUCACUGUCCACAGACCAGAUGGGGAACAUGUUCGCGCGACAACCCGGGGAUCUUAACUCUUCUGCCCCGAUGAUUGCCAUGGGUAGUCAUCUGGAUACGCAGCCAAGAGGCGGUCGGUAUGAUGGGGUUUUGGGUGUUGUUGCGGCUGUUGAGGUGUUGAGGACGAUGAAGGAGAGUGGGUUUAGGACGCACUAUGAUGUUGGGGUUGUUAAUUGGACGAAUGAGGAAGGGGCACGGUUUCCGAAGUCUAUGUGCUCGUCUGGUGUUUGGGCUGGUGGUAUUCCGAUUCAGAAAGCCUGGGACUUGCGCGAUAUUCAUGAUCCAAGUGUGACGAUUAAAUCGGAAUUGGAAAGACACGGAUACCUAGGAUCAAUUCCCUGCGACGCAAAGUCUGGAUUCCAGCUCGGAGCGCAUUUCGAACUACACAUCGAACAAGGCCCCAUUCUCCAGAACACAGAACGAUCGAUUGGUAUCGUCCGGGGUGCCCAGGGGUACCGAUGGCUGACUUUCACCGUCCAAGGACGAGACGCUCACACGGGGACAACGCCAUUGAACGCGCGGAAGGAUCCGUUGCUGGCUGCGUCUCGCAUGAUUGCUGUGUCGAACGACAUCGGCAAGCGCCACAAUGCGUUGGCGUCGACUGGCGUGUUCAAAAUCCCGUCUAACGCGUCUACGAACACCGUCGCUUCGGAAGUGACGUUCACCCUUGAUAUCCGACACCCGCAGGACGAGGUUGUACACGCUGUCCAAGACGAAUGUCUCAAAUCUUUCGCACAGGUCGCCUCACAGGACGGCCAGGGCGUAACCUUCGACUGGACACUAGACACAGAUUCUCCCGCAGUCCAGUUCGACAAAGGCUGCGUGCAGUCUAUUCAGGCCGCUGCUGAGAAUCUCGUUGGUCCUGGAAAGUGGAUGGAUAUGACGAGUGGUGCGGGCCAUGAUAGUGUUUACACGAGUAAGCACUGUCCGACGGCCAUGAUUUUUGUGCCGUGUCGGGAUGGCGUUAGCCAUCAUCCGGAGGAGUAUUGUAGUCCGGAGGAUUGUGCUCUUGGUACGCAGGCUUUACUCGAAUCGGUGGUUCAUUACGAUCAGACGAAGAAGGAUGCUGAGGGUGCGUGA